CAACUCUCCCGCUACACCAACUUCUCAACCACCUUUGUCGCAUACCUUUAAACUCAUCGCAUUGUAAUCGCGACCAUGGCAGAUUCAUCGCGACGCCCGCGAAGACCCGACAGCAAGCAAAUGUGGGACGAAUUAGAUCGUCGCGCACCUAUACCACUACCAACCCGAGAACGAGAUGAGCCGCGACGAGACGACCGACGAGACGACAAGAGAAGAUAUCGAAGUCGGUCGCCGCGUCGCGAUCAUCGAGGUGGCAGAAGAGAAGCUAGAGAACGUGGAGGACGUAGAGAUGAUAGAGAUCGCGAUGGUCCUAGAGACCGAGGUAUGUUCGCACCAAUGUUUGCGACUUUACCAUUCCGAACCAAAUCUAAUACUGUUUCUGAUGAAGAUAAAGGGCGCGAUUUCCGAGGUGCUAGAGGAGGUGGCAGACGGGACGAUGACAGAAAUCGGGACCAGGAUGGGGCUAGAGAACGAGGUAUGUAUGAGCCAGCGGAAAAGAUUUUGCCACAUAGAAGCAGAUCUGACACUGUGCGCUGCGAAGACCACGGACGGGAUUCUCGAGAUAAGCCACGGGAGAGGUCGAGAGAUCGGGAUUGGGAUCGUAGAGGAACCAGAAGUCGAAGUCCAAGACGAGAUCCGAGAGACGGCAGAAGAGAUGCUGAUAAGGAGGUCAUGGUCGAGGGCGGGGGAGAGAAGAGCAAAUCUGUCAAGCUUGAGGAGGGUGAUACCAAGAGUCGAACGACUACUCCGCCUGUGAGCUUCAAGGUUGGCGUAUCUGGAGCACAGGAUCACGAUCGGAUGGACAUGGACUCGGGCAGGGGAAAGGGAAAAUCAGCAGAUGCAGAUCUCGAGGACGACGAUGAGAUUGUCAUUGAAGACGACGGGAUGGCAGCUAUGCAGGCUAUGAUGGGUUUUGGAGGCUUUUCGACUACGCAUAAUAAGAAGGUUCCUGGCAACGACAUCUCUGCGGUUCGGAAGGAGAAGAAGACGGAGUAUCGACAAUAUAUGAAUCGGGUGGGUGGAUUCAAUAGGCCGUUGAGUCCUACGAGAGACUCGUAA